AUGGAUCAAGUGGCCAGCGCUGUGGGAACAUAUUGGUUUAAAGACAAGGCCACCAAGGAACUCUCUUCUGUUGGCAGUGACAUCAAUUCACUGACAAACAGUAUCGAAGGAGGAACAAAAUGGUUGGUCAACAAAGUCAAAGGAAAGAUGCAGAAGCCAUUAGCAGAGUUUCUGAAGGAGAACGAUCUGCCCAUAGGAAUGUUUCCACGAGACGCGACAAACUAUGAGUAUAAUGAACAGACAAGGAAGCUGGUGGUUCACGUUCCAGAGGUGUGCGAGGUGGGAUACAAGGAUUCAUCAGUACUGCGUUUUCAUAAAACUGUGAGUGGAGUUCUGGAGAAGGGGAGGCUGGCAGAAAUAGAGGGAAUGAAGACGAAGAUGUUGAUUUGGAUCAAAGUGACCAACAUUGCUUCUGAAGGCCCUUCCAAGCUCCACAUCACUUCCGGGUUGAAGAAAACUAGGAGUAGGGAAGCUUACGAGGUUUCUAGAGAUGGCGUCGUUGUAGAAAAAUUCUAA